UCUGUCGUCCCAGUAUGCUCUUAGCUACAGCUAACGAUUGACGAGGAAGUGUUUACAAGGUAUUAGUGGGGAGUCAUAAGGCAGCCUAUACACACGUGCCUAAAAGGAAGACGAAAAAAAAAAAAAGAGAAAUGUUUUCCGAAUUGUAUUUUCAUUUCUGGAAGUUGCAGUAAGGACACACCCUUACUGUCGAAAAAAAGAAAAACAGUUUCGGGACAAGCUAAGCAUUCAUGAAAUCUAUUUUGAUUUCGUGUUCCACAAGUUUUUCUAUGGUCGUUUUUGGAAGAUUGGGCAGACGGUCAAGAAUUUCGGAUUACAAAUUUUCUUUCUACGUAGCCGUGCAACAAUGUUACCCAACGCUGGUUUGAUGACUUUGAUGGUGGCAUGGGUAGGGCAGUCGUGGGGUCUCUUCCUUCCAUCUGGCAACGGUGCCAGUCGCUACAGACAAGCCCAGUCGCCGCCAUCCCAGUCAGUCUCGCAGUCGAAUGACAUCAACCAGAACUGGCAUCAGGAAGUCCCCGAUUAUUUUUUUAAAAGUGUGCUGGACUACCCCCUUGAAUCACAAGCCCAAUUACUCCAAGAUUAUCAAGACUCAGAAGUAACGCCUGGACUCUUCCAGGGAGAUAUGGCCGGAUUAGGCCCUGAGCUCCUGGCUCACACGCGCGUUGGGCUUAAAUGGGAUGUGUUCCCCGAGAGAAAAUGGGAAAACGGCACCGUCCCCUACGUCAUCAGUUCCCUCUAUCUUCCUAACGAGAGGACGGUCAUAGAGAGAGCCAUUUCAACCCUAAACUUCAUGACUUGCAUCAAUUUCGUUCCGUGGGACGGGAAAGCCGAAGAUUACCUCCUUAUUUGGCCGGUCGAACAGCCAGCCGGAUGCUGGUCUUACGUGGGGAAACGAGGAGGGCAACAGAUCCUCUCCCUGAGACAACCAGAUGCCAGGUCUCUCAGGUGCUUCGGUAGCGUUGGGAAGCCCAUCCACGAGUUUCUUCAUGCCCUUGGGGUCUUCCACGAGCAAGCUCGCUCUGACAGAGACGAACAUGUCACUGUUGUCAGAGAAAAUGUUCUCCAAGAUUACCUCCACAAUUUCAACAAGCAAAGCGACAUUAAUACAACGUUCACUUUCGACUAUGAUUACGAUUCUGUAAUGCAUUACGGAAGCCACUUUUUCAGUUACUCUCGCGACAAACCGACGAUUGUGCCGAAAGUGAAGGGGGUCAAAAUUGGCCAGAGAGUGAUGCUCAGCAAGACGGACUGCCUGAAGGUGAACCACCUCUACGACUGUCUAGAUGACAGGAAUCCUUACCAGAGGGAUAAAUACACGACCAUCUGUCGAAUAUUGGGGUUAUAAGACCUCAUCCUCUUCUCCAAUAUCUUGCGGAUUCUCUGUUUCGUAUUUACUGUGAACAAGAGAUCAGUUGUAUGAAUGCAUUGACUGUGAUGUCAACGUCUUUUGUUGUUAUCAUCGUAUUCAGUAUCAUCAUCGUUACCAUCAUCAUUAUCAUCAUCAUAAUCGACGCAGUCGUUCUCAUCGACAUGGUGCUCCUUUUGUCUGUUCCUCACUUUUCUUUCUUUCUAAUUUAUUUGUUCCUUCGUCUCGGUUUCUUUCCCUUCUCGGAGCUGCACCGCAGGUAGCAAUGCAAGGUAAACUACUUCUAAAUUCUUCCCUCUCUCUCUCUCUCUCUCUCUCUCUCUCUCUCUCUCUUUCUCUCUCUCUCUCAUAAUCUUGAUAUCUCCACUGUACUCUGGAGCUAAGAUCAAAAUCAAAGUGGCUUUUUAAAUCCAGUUUCUCCAAGUUCAUUUCCGCCUUCGGCCUUAUCCGAAAUUGUAAGGAUUUGACCUCGAAUCAGAGUAUUAAAGACUAAAAGUAAUAAAAAAAAAAAAACUUUGUAAACACAAAGACAAACAGAAUUCCAGGGCACACCUCUGGUUGCCUCUACUAUUCUCUUUCAGGAGCACAGGAAAGUGAUUCCUUACAACACCUCUACGAAAUCUAUGAAGAAGGUUUUGAGAACAUAUGCCGAAAGAUUUCUAAAACAGAACUGAAAUGUCUGCACAACUGGAUGAAUAAGACAUUUUUAAUGUUCAGGUGAUAUUGGACAAUCAGAAGGAAGUCGGUUUUCAUUCAGCUUUGUCAAAGACGACGAGUGAUAAAGAACCUGACACAGAUCGCUGCAAUGUACUAAAGAAAUAGAAAGCAAGGAAAGUCAGUUUUAAUGUCGAAGAGGAAAAACUGAUAUUAUGAACCUUUUUUAUAUUUACUCCUUUUGCGUCAGUAACUUUGCAAAGUGUUUUAUUCAUUGGAAAAAUUUAGCAAAUAGUUAUUCAAGAUUCUCAUGCCGAUUUUUAAGCGAUAUUUGUCCAGCCGACCCUAUUUUGAUUACAUUUAAAUUUAGAUAAAGUUACACUGCUAGAUAGGCAUACAAAAUCUGCCAGUGCUAACUAAAAUAAUGACAUACUCGACAGCGGGAGCAUAGACUGGAGAAUGCACAAAACGGAAUUUCGUCUAAAACGAGUAACUCGUUUCAAGGUAAGAGGACACCAACAAGUACUCUUUACUCAACAUUCGCGAAUUUCUCUCACCGAUGGUACUACUUAUUUCUUUCACUUCAUUCCGGAGGAGCAGGAGCAGUCAUCACCUCAUUUGUCAUCACUGUCCU